AUGAAUAUUUUUAAUCAGUUGCAAUUCAAUUGGCUUUUGUCUGCCGUGCGCAGGGGGCUGCACGUGGACCAUCCUCCGCGUCGACCGCCUCCGGGCGACGGCAUCAGCUACGUGCACGGCGCAUCGGCCGUCUCGCUGCUCUCCACCACGAUCGGCCAGAGCCUGGACGCCGCCGCCCGACGUUGGCCACAGCGCGAAGCCGUCGUCUUCCUGCAGGACGGCGUCCGCAAAACCUUCCAAAAUCUUCAGCGGGACGUGGAGCAGGUGGCGGCGGGGCUCCUGGCUCUGGGCCUGCAGCCGGGUGACCGUCUGGGUCUUUGGGGACCCAACACGUACGAAUGGAUCCUUUUCCAAUUCGCCUCGGCCAAGGCGGGAAUCGUUCAGGUGUCCUUAAACCCGGCCUAUCAGCUCAAAGAAGCGGAGUUCACGCUCAGAAAGGUGCAGUGUAAAGCGCUGGUUUGUCCCAGCAGCUUUAAAACGCAAAAGUUCUGUGAGAUGCUGCGGGAGCUCUGCCCGGAGAUGGACACGUCGCCGCCCGGUGCCAUCCGCAGCACCAGGUUGCCAGACCUGCGCACGGUGAUCGUGACAGACAAGCGCGAGGCGGGCACGCUGCACGUGGACGACGUUUUCCAAGCGGCCGAGAGUCGUCACCGGCGCCGGCUGAGCGAACUCGACGGAAAGCUGUCGUGCGACGACGCCAUCAACAUUCAGUUCACCUCCGGCACCACCGGCAACCCCAAGGGGGUCACGCUGUCCCACCACAACGUGGUCAAUAACGGCUACUUGGUGGGGCUCCGGGCCGGGUACGACUGGAGGCCGCGGGUGCGGGUGUGUAUGCCGGUGCCCUUGUACCACUGCUUCGGUUCGGUGGUGGGAGGCAUGUGCAUGGCCCUGCACGGCAUCACGCUGGUCUUUCCCUCCUCCGCCUACGACAGCCGGGCCAACCUGGGCGCCAUUCACCAGGAAAGGUGCAAUUUUGUCUACGGCACUCCCACCAUGUUCACUGACCUGCUGGGCCUGCCAGAUCUGGAAAAGUCCGAUUUGUCCUCAGUGGAAGGCGGCAUCAUGGCGGCGGCGCCGUGCGCCCCGGAGCUCGUGGCCAACGUGCGGGCAAAGCUGAACAUGAAAGAAAUCAUGAUCGGUUACGGCACCACCGAGAACAGCCCCGUCACCUUCUUGGGUUUCCCGCUCGACGACGACGAGCUCAAGCUCCACACGGUCGGCUGCGUCAUGCCCCACGUGGAGGCCAAGGUGGUGGACGUGGACACGGGCGAGACGGUCCCGCUGGGGGCCGCGGGGGAGCUGCUGAUCCGGGGCAGCUGCGUGAUGCGCGGCUACUGGGACGAGCCCGACAAGACCCGCCAGGUGCUCGGCCCGGACCGCUGGUACAGGACCGGCGACGUGGCCAGCCUCAACGCGCUGGGCUACUGCUCCAUCGAGGGCCGCAUCAAGGACAUGAUCAUCCGAGGGGGGGAGAACAUCUACCCGGCAGAGAUCGAGAAGUUUCUCUACACCAAUGACAAAGUGCACGAGGUGCAGGUGGUGGGAGUGAAGGAUGAGCGCCUGGGGGAGCAGGUGUGCGCUUGCAUCAGGCUCAAGGAAGGACGAACGUGCACGGCGGAGGAGAUCAGAACAUUCUGCAAAGGCCAGAUUUCACACUUCAAAAUCCCCCACUACGUGGUGUUUGUGGACUCCUACCCCAUGACGGCCUCCAGGAAGGUCAAGAAGAACGUAUUGAAGGUGGACAUGGAGAAGCACUUGGGCCUGUAGCUUGGAACCUCACCACCGCCGCAAGUCAAGCGCACAAAGGCGCACGGAGUCGCUCAUGUCAAUCUUUAUUUAUUCCCCAAAAAAUUCAGAUCAUCCUGCAGUGGCUUCGACCACCGUGCACCAUUUACACACAUGCCGUACAAACCGGGAAAUAAUAAAUAAA